AAUCUUCUUUCACAUGGAUCGUAUCCCCGUCCAAUCAUAUUCAGUUUCCGCCUCUCACAUGGAUCGACAAUUCUAUCCGUCGGAUUAACAAGUAAAUCCCCAAAUAUUUAACGGCUGCAAUUUACCCCCCGCCACAUUUCGAACCGCGAAAAUUCACGGCGCCCAAAUCCCCCAAAUAUAAAUAUCCACCACCAUCUACUUUACUUUUCAUUCAAAUUCAAAACCCUAGUAUCUUUUUCUUCUUCAAAUUUCUGUGUGUGAAAAUGUCUGGUCGUGGAAAGGGAGGCAAAGGAUUGGGAAAGGGAGGAGCCAAGAGGCACAGGAAGGUUCUGAGAGACAACAUCCAGGGAAUUACCAAGCCAGCUAUUCGUAGGCUUGCUCGUAGGGGUGGUGUGAAGCGUAUCUCCGGUCUGAUCUACGAGGAAACCCGUGGAGUUCUCAAGAUCUUUUUGGAGAACGUGAUUCGUGAUUCAGUUACCUACACUGAGCAUGCCAGGAGGAAGACUGUUACUGCUAUGGAUGUUGUUUAUGCCCUCAAGAGGCAGGGAAGAACUCUCUAUGGAUUUGGUGGUUAGAGCAGUUGUUAGGUAGUAGAUGUAGAUGUGAUGGAAAUUUAUGCUGUUUCUGUAUUUUAGUUUCUAUGAAGCGUUGUUCUACUUUUUAAGCUUUGGAUAUUGUAAUUUCUCAUUGCUUAUUCAAUGAACAAUGUUCAGUUUCUACAAA